AUGCCGUAUAUCAAGCUGCGAGAUGGAGCCGAGCUCUUCUACAAGGACUGGGGUAACCCCAAGGGCCCAAUUGUUACCUUCUCGCACGGCUGGCCGUUGAGCAGCGAUAACUGGGAGAAUCAAAUGGUCUUCCUGGCCGACCAUGGAUUCCGCGUCAUCGGACAUGACCGCCGCGGCCAUGGUCGCUCCACACAGACAUGGCACGGAAAUAACAUGGAUACAUUUGUCGACGAUCUCCUGGAACUCUUUGAGCACCUCGGCGUCAAAGAUGCCGUCAUGGUUGGGCACUCCCACGGCGGUGGAGAGGUGACCCAUUUCCUUGGAAAGCAUGGCACCAGCCGCGUCAAGAAAGCCGUCCUUGUUGGAGCCAUUCCGCCCUUUAUGCUCAAGACCGAGGCCAACGCGCAGGGGACGGACAAGUCCGUCUUCGACUCGUUUCGUCAAGCCAUGCAUAAAGACCGCAGCCAAUUCUUCCUGGAUGUGGCCAGCGGUCCCUUUUUUGGAUUCAAUCGACCCGACGCUCCCAAGAGUGAGGGCCAGAUCCGGAGCUGGUGGCUGCAAGGCAUGAACACCAGCUUCAAAACAGCCUACGACUGCAUUCAAUUAGAGCGCGUUCUUUCUCGUGAUAUACAGCCGUUGAGAAACUUGACUCAUACGGAGUUAGAGCGGUCUAGAAGCGGUACAGUGGUUCGGAGGCGGUAG